CUCCCCUGUUGGGGGCGCGCACACGUCACUACAGUCAAUCUCAGUCAGAUGUAGGGGUCCAGGGCAACAGCAUAAUAUUAACCAGAAAGAACGGGAUGAAUUGACUCCCUCUUGUGUGCCACCCAGUGAGGAGGGUUGAGCAUGAUGAGUGGAAAGAGCCUCCUGCUGAAGGUGAUCCUGCUCGGGGAUGGAGGAGUGGGCAAGUCCUCAUUGAUGAACCGCUAUGUCACCGACCGCUUCGAUUCACAGUCAUUUCACACCAUCGGUGUCGAGUUCCUCAACAGGGACCUGGAAGUGGAUGGACGCCUCGUUACCCUUCAGAUCUGGGACACCGCCGGCCAGGAACGCUUCAAGUCCCUGCGUACGCCUUUCUACCGAGGCGCCGACUGCUGCUUGCUCACGUUUGCCGUGAACGACCUGCAGAGCUUUCAGAACCUCGGUGGCUGGAAGAAGGAGUUUAUGUAUUAUUCUGAUGUCAAAGAUCCUGAGCGGUUCCCUUUUGUGGUACUUGGCAAUAAGGUGGACAUGGAGCAGAGGGAAGUGGGGGAGGACGAAGCGCGGGCCUGGUGCGAGGAGAACGGCUGCUGUCCUUACUUUGAAACCAGCGCUAAGGACGACACGAAUGUCACAGCUGCAUUCGAGGCUGCUGUCAGGGAGGUUCUGGCUGCUGAGGAUCACAUUGACCACUCGGUACUGAGUGGAACUAUUGAUCUCCAUGGCAACCGCAAAAUAUCUCGUGGGUCCUGCUGCUGACGGGUCAGCUGUGAGACCUCGCUUUUGGAAUCUCGCUGGCAGAAACCUGAUGGCCAGUGAAGUCUUGUUUAUGGUACAUGUAGGGCAGAUAGCAAUUACUCCAAUCUAUUGUGGAUAAGAUACAGCUGAAACUGUAUUCUUUAUUGAUGCUGAUAAGGUGCAAUCUGAGAGCAGUUCCAACGGUGCAGUCAGUGUCGAAAUGGCUGAAUUAUUUCCACAGCCGAGUAGAGGCAGUCUGAAACACGUCACCUCUUUGUGCACAAGUAGGUUUGUGCCCAUUAAAUGCUUCCAGAGCAGUCAAAAGAAAUACAAAUUAGAAUGAUUAGGUAGACAAACAGAUAGCACACUGUUGUAAGCUGUUAACCUGUCAGUAUGCAGAUUUUUCUAGGUUAUACUGUAUAUUAGCAGACAAAUGCUAGCAGGAGGCCUAAAGCAUUUACUGUUUGCGAGCUGAUUACAUUUGUUUUCCAACCAGGCACGGACAGACACAAGGUACAAAGCGAUACAACGCGAUCACUGCUCAAAUGUGACAUUAUUUUUAUUGACCUCAAUAUAAAGGGAAAUGUGAGCUUUGUUUUUAUAACCCCACUAGAGUGAAACCGAAGAUUCUAUUUCAUUUCCAGUUACGCAUGUACAUUUUAAUUAACCUGCCUUUUCUACUAUUUAUAAACUGCUGUUUGUUUUAUGUGAGGCACCCCUCCAUUUCAUUGUGUUAGUUUUUUCAUAUCACGGAGUGAUGAGUUUGCUUCCCUGGUGUGUAGAGGAGCUAAUGAUUAUUGCACUGAACAGUAAUUUUCCUAAUCAGGGCAUGUUUUUAAUGCUGUCUUUUUGGAUGGUGUGGCAAGCUUUAAUAAUACGGUGCUUUGGUUUUUUUUUAAGCUUUGCUCAUUUGUAAGGUCUCCUCGGCUUUGCUGAUAGUGUUUAUUACACACACACACACAGGCCUCAGCUGAAUGUGAGCACAAAGAUAAAACUUUGUGCAUAGCACAACACCUCUUGAUUCCAUUUAUUCAGUAUGGAGUGAAUCACGUAUUAUUCAGAGAACUGUAUGAUCAUUUCAGCUAAAUGGUACUUCAGUUUUAAUUUAAAUGUGCCGUCGGUACACGACUUUACACUCGGUACGCGUUUACACGAGUUUAUGGAUUCUUUCAGUGAAUAUGACUCUCUAAGUUGUUUUAAAUGGAUUGUCAUCAUAUGGAAUAUUGAUGAUAACUGCUUAUUGUGUUGUAUUCAAGCGUACAUUGUUUAUUUUAAGGUGAUUAUUCCUGUUGCAGUGUUGCGCCGUGUCUACACACUAUGCUCCCCUAAAGCUGCCAGCCUUUGUGUCGUAAAGGAACUGUAUGCGGAAGAGAGAGCGUUAGUGAAGCUCUGUUCAGAUUAGACAUUUUUUAGACAUUCAGCUUUGCUUUAAAAGGUUUGCAUUCAGGAAUUACAGGCCUUCACUACAGUCAUUUUUCUGCAGGAGUUCUUUAAUUGCUCCACCACGUUUGACACGUUGUGGUAUUAUGAGUUUCCUUCUUCAUACAUUUCUCUUUCUAAUACUGUAUAUGUCCAUAGAAUCUGAUUCCAGAACACGGACUUUUUUUUUUUUUUUUUUAGAUGAAAGCCUAAUCCCGCUUUGCUGUUAAAUGUUACCAGUGGUUUUAUUUACUUUUAUGAAGGUGCAGGUCUUCGCCAGCAUUUCAGAGUUUUCCUUUUGAGAACAUAUCGCACUGUUAAUUAGGCCACAGCUAUGGUUUUUGAUGUUUCAUUUCAAAUCUGUUGUGAUAGUAUUUAAAGGCAAAAACAUUAAAACCUUGGCAUUGUCCAAAUACUUCUGGACUUAGCUGUAUGUAUAACACAGAAGUGCAUGUGCAGACUUGCUGACCAAUUACACAAGCGUCACUGUGAACCGAAACCAAACCUAGUCAGACACUGCCGAUGUACUUGUGUAGUUUUGUUCCAUGCAGGCUUUUAAUAAGUAGAUUGUUCACGAUUGACGUUAACUGACGGUACUUUUUCCUCAUUGUAACCCAAUAUGCCAAAUGGCCAUUUGUCAGUGUUUAUUCUCUGGAUGAAACAGAAUCCUUUUGUCCUGCUUGUAUUUCAGUUGCUCGUCUUCUGUUAAAACGAUGUAGCCUAUCACAGUGUUUACCUGAGUUAUUGUGGCAUUAUAAGCGGCAUUAUAUGUGGUACAUUUCUAAUUUCAUGUCAGUGUUCUCUCAUUUGCUGUAAUAUUCAUGAAUGUAAAACCCAAUUUGGGCUGUCCCCCCAGUCAUGGCUGAAAUAAAUGAUCAAGGGCACGUAUUUUAUAAUGACCAAGAUGACACUUGGCAUCUGUUUCGUUCAGUUCAAGCAGUGAAUUAGCUUUAAACUGUGUGAAAGUUGGAGUAUCCAGCUCGUUUUCUUCAUCUCAUUUCUUCCCUUUUUAAACUUUUUGCACUAAAUUUGAUAAGACUGGUUGACAGUGCUUGGCUGCGAAAUAAAACAAACUAAAAAUAACUUGUGUUUUUUGUUUAUGUUGCACAUUGAUUGGAGAAUACUGGCGUGAACUAAUGCAACAAAUAGCAUUUUCCAAUUGGAAUAUUCGUCACCAUCUGCAAAGCCUUGACAUUUACAGCUGCCUUGUCAUUAUUCAUUGAUUUCUUAGAGACCAUACGCAAAAGAUAUUGUUUCCCAAAAUGCAUUUUGUCGUGCCUUGAGACAUACAAAUUGUAGUAUAGAAUGUUAAUUCAGAUUUUUUUUGCUCAUAUGUGACCUGUAUCAGAUUUUUUCAUGUCAGUGUGAACAGUACAAUUCCAAUUUUUCCAAAUGCAACGCAGGCCUUGUUCGUAAAUCCGAUAUUUAUCUGCUCUACUGCAGUCUAAACGGUCAGGUGGCAUAUAUCCAACCUAUCUGUCACUGAAAGACUUGGAUAAAAGGUAGUCACCGAUGUAGGCUAAAAUUCUUAUCCACUGCCACCUAUAUGCUCGGAACAGACGUCGCAGCAAGUUGUCCACAAAGGGCCAUGGCGAAAAUUCUUGCCCUCUUCUUAAAUCACCUACGCGGAAUC